CGUUGUCUUACAUCACUUCCUGCCGACGCUAAGCCGUAUUUUGUUUGUUUGUUUUCGCAGUUCAGUUUUAUUCUAUUUUUUGUUUCUUUUAUUUCCAGUUUACUUGAUUAUUUUUAACCAUGGCUUCAGUUGAGGAGUUGUAUAACAAAUUGAAAAAGGGAGACAGUCAUUCUUUGUUGAAGAAAUACCUCACGCAAGAUGUUUACGACAAAUUGAAAGGCCUAAAAAGCAAGCUUGGUGGAACUUUGGCAGACUGCAUCAGAUCAGGAUGUGAAAACUUGCACAGUCACUGUGGUGUUUAUGCCUGCGACCCAGAGGGAUACGACACCUUCUCUGAUCUUCUCCACCCUGUCAUCAAAGACUACCACAAAGUUCCAGAAGUCAAACAUCCUAAGCCAGACUUUGGGGAUCUCAGCAACCUAGGAUUUGGCGAUCUUGAUCCAAAAAAUGAGUACAUUUUGUCUACACGUGUCAGAGUUGGAAGAAGUCAUGCUGCUUUUGCCUUUCCACCAGUCAGUUCAAAAGAGGACAAAGUUGAAAUGGAAAAACAAUCCGUUGCAGCACUGAACAGCCUGACCGGAGAGUUGGCUGGAGAAUACUUCCCACUUGAAGGAAUGACUAAAGAAGUUCAAACCCAGCUCACAGCUGACCAUUUCUUGUUUAAUGACCACGAUUCAUGUUUGAGAUCUGCUGGUGGUUACAAUGACUGGCCUACUGGAAGAGGAAUAUUUUUCAACAAAAACAAAACUUUCCUUGUCUGGGUCAAUGAAGAAGAUCAUCUUCGUCUCAUCUCCAUGCAGAAAGGAGGAAAUCUCAAAGAAAUUUAUACCAGAUUGGUCACGGCUAUCAAAGAAAUGGAAAAGAAAUUGACCUUUGCUCAUCAUGAUAAACUGGGAUACCUGACCUUCUGUCCAACAAACUUAGGAACCACUCUUAGAGCCAGCGUACACAUCAAAAUUCCAAAAUUGUCAGCUCAACCAGACUUCAAAGAUAUCUGUGAAAAACUUAAUUUGCAACCAAGAGGUACCGACGGAGAAAACACAGAAAACAAAGGAGGAGUUUAUGAUAUUUCCAACAAACGUCGUCUAGGUCUGACUGAAAUCGAGGCUAUCCAGGAAAUGAGGAAAGGAGUUGAAGAAAUUAUCAGAUUGGAAAGACAACUCGAUGGAAACAACUAAACCCAAAACUAGAACUGUAAAAUUGCACUGAUUAUUUAUUUGGUUGAUAUUUAUGCUCACUCUUGUUAAAAAUGAUAAAAAUAAAGUCGGCAGAAAAUCA